AUGCACUGCCGUGGUGGCCCCCUUCUUUCUUUCUUUCAGAUGCACUGCCGUGGUGGCCCCCUUCUUUCUUUUUUUCAGAGGCCUGCCGGGGGGGCCCCCUUUUUUCUUUUUUUCAGAUGCACUGCCGUGGUGGCCCCCUUCUUUUUUUUUUUCCAAGGCCUGCCGGGGGGGCCCCCUUCUUUUUUUUUUUCAAAGGCCUGCCGUGGUGGCCCCCUUCUUUCUUUUUUUCAGAUGCACUGCCGUGGGGGCCCCCUUCUUUAUUUUUUUCAGAGGCACUGCCGUGGUGGCCCCCUUCUUUCUCUUUUUUCCGAGGCCUGCCGUGGUGGCCCCCUUCUUUAUUUUUUUCAGAUGCACUGCCGUGGUGGCCCCCUUCUUUAUUUUUUUCAGAUGCACUGCCGUGGUGGCCCCCUUCUUUCUCUUUUUUCCGAGGCCUGCCGUGGUGGCCCCCUUCUUUAUUUCUUUCAGAUGCACUGCCGUGGUGGCCCCCUUCUUUCUCUUUUCUCCGAGGCCUGCCGUGGUGGCCCCCUUUCUUUCUUUUUUUCAGAUGCACUGCCGUGGUGGCCCCCUUCUUUCUUUUCUUCAGAUGCACUGCCGUGGUGGCCCCCUUCUUUAUUUCUUUCAGAUGCACUGCCGUGGUGGCCCCCUUCUUUCUCUUUUCUCCGAGGCCUGCCGUGGUGGCCCCCUUCUUUAUUUCUUUCAGAUGCACUGCCGUGGUGGCCCCCUUCUUUAUUUCUUUCAGAUGCACUGCCGUGGUGGCCCCCUUCUUUCUCUUUUCUCCGAGGCCUGCCGUGGUGGCCCCCUUCUUUAUUUCUUUCAGAUGCACUGCCGUGGUGGCCCCCUUCUUUCUCUUUUCUCCGAGGCCUGCCGUGGUGGCCCCCUUCUUUAUUUCUUUCAGAUGCACUGCCGUGGUGGCCCCCUUCUUUCUCUUUUCUCCGAGGCCUGCCGUGGUGGCCCCCUUCUUUAUUUCUUUCAGAUGCACUGCCGUGGUGGCCCCCUUCUUUCUCUUUUCUCCGAGGCCUGCCGUGGUGGCCCCCUUCUUUAUUUCUUUCAGAUGCACUGCCGUGGUGGCCCCCUUCUUUAUUUCUUUCAGAUGCACUGCCGUGGUGGCCCCCUUCUUUAUUUUUUUCAGAUGCACUGCCGUGGUGGCCCCCUUUCUUUCUUUUUUUUCAGAGGCCUGCCGUGGGGGCCCCCUUUUUUUUUUUUUUCAAAUGCCCUGCCGGGGGGGCCCCCUUUUUUUUUUUUUUCAAAUGCCCUGCCGGGGGGGCCCCCUUCUUUAUUUUUUUCAGAUGCACUGCCGUGGGGGCCCCCUUCUUUAUUUUUUUCAGAUGCACUGCCGUGGGGGCCCCCUUCUUUUUUUUUUUCAGAUGCCCUGCCGUGGUGGCCCCCUUUCUUUAUUUCUUUCAGAUGCACUGCCGUGGUGGCCCCCUUCUUUAUUUUUUUCAGAUGCCCUGCCGUGGUGGCCCCCUUCUUUAUUUCUUUCAGAUGCACUGCCGUGGUGGCCCCCUUCUUUAUUUUUUUCAGAUGCCCUGCCGUGGUGGCCCCCUUCUUUAUUUCUUUCAGAUGCACUGCCGUGGUGGCCCCCUUCUUUAUUUUUUUCAGAUGCCCUGCCGUGGUGGCCCCCUUCUUUAUUUCUUUCAGAUGCACUGCCGUGGUGGCCCCCUUCUUUAUUUUUUUCAGAUGCCCUGCCGUGGUGGCCCCCUUCUUUAUUUCUUUCAGAUGCCCUGCCGUGGUGGCCCCCUUCUUUCUUUCUUUCAGAUGCCCUGCCGUGGUGGCCCCCUUCUUUCUUUUUUUCAGAUGCCUGCCGUGGUGGCCCCCUUUCUUUCUUUUUUUCAGAGGCCUGCCGUGGUGGCCCCCUUCUUUAUUUCUUUCAGAUGCACUGCCGUGGUGGCCCCCUUCUUUCUCUUUUUUCCGAGGCCUGCCGUGGUGGCCCCCUUCUUUAUUUCUUUCAGAUGCCCUGCCGUGGUGGCCCUCUUCUUUCUCUUUUCUCCGAGGCCUGCCGUGGUGGCCCCCUUCUUUAUUUCUUUCAGAUGCACUGCCGUGGUGGCCCCCUUCUUUAUUUCUUUCAGAGGCACUGCCGUGGUGGCCCCCUUCUUUAUUUCUUUCAGAUGCACUGCCGUGGUGGCCCCCUUCUUUCUUUUUCUCCGAGGCCUGCCGUGGUGGCCCCCUUCUUUCUUUCUUUCAGAUGCACUGCCGUGGUGGCCCCCUUUCUUUCUCUUUUCUCCGAGGCCUGCCGUGGUGGCCCCCUUCUUUCUUUCUUUCAGAUGCCCUGCCGUGGUGGCCCCCUUCUUUCUUUUUUUCAGAUGCACUGCCGUGGUGGCCCCCUUCUUUAUUUCUUUCAGAUGCACUGCCGUGGUGGCCCCCUUCUUUAUUUUUUUCAGAUGCACUGCCGUGGUGGCCCCCUUCUUUAUUUCUUUCAGAUGCACUGCCGUGGUGGCCCCCUUCUUUAUUUUUUUCAGAUGCACUGCCGUGGUGGCCCCCUUCUUUAUUUCUUUCAGAUGCACUGCCGUGGUGGCCCCCUUCUUUAUUUCUUUCAGAUGCACUGCCGUGGUGGCCCCCUUCUUUCUCUUUUCUCCGAGGCCUGCCGUGGUGGCCCCCUUCUUUAUUUCUUUCAGAUGCACUGCCGUGGUGGCCCCCUUCUUUAUUUCUUUCAGAUGCACUGCCGUGGUGGCCCCCUUCUUUAUUUCUUUCAGAUGCACUGCCGUGGUGGCCCCCUUCUUUAUUUCUUUCAGAUGCACUGCCGUGGUGGCCCCCUUCUUUAUUUUUUUCAGAUGCACUGCCGUGGUGGUCCCCUUCUUUAUUUCUUUCAGAUGCACUGCCGUGGUGGUCCCCUUCUUUAUUUCUUUCAGAUGCACUGCCGUGGUGGCCCCCUUCUUUAUUUCUUUCAGAUGCACUGCCGUGGUGGCCCCCUUCUUUCUUUUUUUCAGAUGCCCUGCCGUGGUGGCCCCCUUUCUUUCUCUUUUUUCAGAUGCCCUGCCGUGGUGGCCCCCUUUCUUUAUUUCUUUCAGAUGCACUGCCGUGGUGGCCCCCUUCUUUAUUUCUUUCAGAUGCACUGCCGUGGUGGCCCCCUUCUUUAUUUUUUUCAGAUGCACUGCCGUGGUGGCCCCCUUCUUUAUUUUUUUCAGAUGCACUGCCGUGGUGGCCCCCUUUCUUUAUUUCUUUCAGAUGCACUGCCGUGGUGGCCCCCUUCUUUAUUUUUUUCAGAUGCACUGCCGUGGGGGCCCCCUUCUUUCUUUUUCUUCAGAUGCCCUGCCGUGGUGGCCCCCUUCUUUAUUUUUUUCAGAUGCCCUGCCGUGGUGGCCCCCUUCUUUAUUUUUUUCAGAUGCCCUGCCGUGGUGGCCCCCUUCUUUAUUUCUUUCAGAUGCCCUGCCGUGGUGGCCCCCUUCUUUAUUUUUUUCAGAUGCACUGCCGUGGUGGCCCCCUUCUUUAUUUUUUUCAGAGGCACUGCCGUGGUGGCCCCCUUCUUUAUUUUUUUCAGAUGCACUGCCGUGGUGGCCCCCUUCUUUCUUUUUUUCAGAUGCACUGCCGUGGUGGCCCCCUUCUUUAUUUUUUUCAGAGCCCUGCCGUGGUGGCCCCCUUCUUUAUUUUUUUCAGAUGCACUGCCGUGGUGGCCCCCUUCUUUCUUUCUUUCAGAUGCCCUGCCGUGGUGGCCCCCUUCUUUAUUUCUUUCAGAUGCCCUGCCGUGGUGGCCCCCUUUCUUUCUUUUUUUCAGAGGCCUGCCGUGGUGGCCCCCUUCUUUAUUUCUUUCAGAUGCACUGCCGUGGUGGCCCCCUUCUUUAUUUCUUUCAGAUGCCCUGCCGUGGUGGCCCCCUUCUUUAUUUCUUUCAGAUGCCCUGCCGUGGUGGCCCCCUUCUUUAUUUCUUUCAGAUGCACUGCCGUGGUGGCCCCCUUCUUUAUUUCUUUCAGAUGCACUGCCGUGGUGGCCCCCUUCUUUAUUUCUUUCAGAUGCACUGCCGUGGUGGCCCCCUUCUUUAUUUCUUUCAGAUGCACUGCCGUGGUGGCCCCCUUCUUUAUUUCUUUCAGAUGCACUGCCGUGGUGGCCCCCUUCUUUAUUUUUUUCAGAUGCCCUGCCGUGGUGGCCCCCUUCUUUAUUUCUUUCAGAUGCACUGCCGUGGAGGCCCCCUUCUUUCUUUUUUCUCCGAGGCCUGCCGUGGUGGCCCCCUUCUUUAUUUCUUUCAGAUGCACUGCCGUGGAGGCCCCCUUCUUUCUCUUUUCUCCGAGGCCUGCCGUGGUGGCCCCCUUCUUUAUUUCUUUCAGAUGCCCUGCCGUGGUGGCCCCCUUCUUUCUUUUCUUCAGAUGCCUUGCCGUGGUGGCCCCCUUCUUUAUUUCUUUCAGAUGCACUGCCGUGGUGGCCCCCUUUCUUUCUCUUUUCUCCGAGGCGUGCCGUGGUGGUCCCCUUCUUUAUUUCUUUCAGAUGCACUGCCGUGGAGGCCCCCUUCUUUAUUUCUUUCAGAUGCACUGCCGUGGUGGCCCCCUUCUUUCUUUCUUUCAGAUGCCCUGCCGUGGUGGCCCCCUUCUUUAUUUCUUUCAGAUGCACUGCCGUGGUGGCCCCCUUCUUUCUUUUCUUCAGUUGCACUGCCGUGGUGGCCCCCUUCUUUAUUUCUUUCAGAUGCCCUGCCGUGGUGGCCCCCUUCUUUAUUUCUUUCAGAUGCCCUGCCGUGGUGGCCCCCUUCUUUAUUUCUUUCAGAUGCACUGCCGUGGUGGCCCCCUUCUUUCUUUCUUUCAGAUGCCCUGCCGUGGUGGCCCCCUUCUUUAUUUCUUUCAGAUGCACUGCCGUGGUGGCCCCCUUCUUUCUUUCUUUCAGAUGCACUGCCGUGGUGGCCCCCUUUCUUUCUUUUCUUCAGAUGCCCUGCCGUGGUGGCCCCCUUUCUUUCUCUUUUCUCCGAGGCCUGCCGUGGUGGCCCCCUUCUUUCUUUCUUUCAGAUGCACUGCCGUGGUGGCCCCCUUCUUUAUUUCUUUCAGAUGCACUGCCGUGGUGGCCCCCUUCUUUCUCUUUUCUCCGAGGCCUGCCGUGGUGGCCCCCUUCUUUAUUUCUUUCAGAUGCACUGCCGUGGUGGCCCCCUUUCUUUCUCUUUUCUCCAAGGCCUGCCGUGGUGGCCCCCUUCUUUAUUUCUUUCAGAUGCACUGCCGUGGUGGCCCCCUUCUUUAUCUUUUUUCCGAGCCCUGCCGUGGUGGCCCCCUUCUUUAUUUCUUUCAAAUGCACUGCCGUGGUGGCCCCCUUCUUUAUUUCUUUCAGAUGCACUGCCGUGGUGGCCCCCUUCUUUCUUUUUUUCAGAGGCCUGCCGUGGUGGCCCCCUUCUUUAUUUCUUUCAGAUGCACUGCCGUGGUGGCCCCCUUUCUUUUUUUUUUUUAAAAGGCCCGGCCGGGGGGGCCCCCUUUUUUUUUUUUUUCAAAUGCCCUGCCGGGGGGGCCCCCUUUUUUUUUUUUUUCAGAUGCACUGCCGGGGGGGCCCCCUUUUUUUUUUUUUUCAAAUGCCCUGCCGGGGGGGCCCCCUUUUUUUUUUUUUUCAAAUGCACUGCCGGGGGGGCCCCCUUUUUUUUUUUUUUCAGAGGCCCUGCCGGGGGGGCCCCCUUUUUUUUUUUUUUCAAAUGCCCUGCCGUGGGGGGCCCCCUUUUUUUUUUUUUUCAAAAGGCCUGCCGGGGGGGCCCCCUUUUUUUUUUUUUUCAAAAGCCCUGCCGGGGGGGCCCCCUUUUUUUUUUUUUUCAAAUGCACUGCCGGGGGGGCCCCCUUUUUUUUUUUUUUUCAAAGGCCCGCCGGGGGGGGCCCCCUUUUUUUUUUUUUCUAAGAAGCCGGCCGGGGGGGCCCCCUUUUUUUUUUUUUUUAAAAGGCCUGCCGGGGGGGCCCCCUUUUUUUUUUUUUUCAGAAGCACUGCCGGGGGGGCCCCCUUUUUUUUUUUUUUCAGAUGCCCUGCCGGGGGGGCCCCCUUUCUUUCUUUUUUUUCCGAGGCCUGCCGGGGGGGCCCCCUUUCUUUAUUUUUUUUCAGAUGCACUGCCGUGGUGGCCCCCUUCUUUUUUUUUUUCAGAUGCACUGCCGUGGUGGCCCCCUUCUUUAUUUUUUUCAGAUGCACUGCCGUGGUGGCCCCCUUCUUUCUUUCUUUCAGAUGCCCUGCCGUGGUGGCCCCCUUCUUUCUUUCUUUCAGAUGCACUGCCGUGGUGGCCCCCUUCUUUCUCUUUUCUCCGAGGCCUGCCGUGGUGGUCCCCUUCUUUAUUUCUUUCAGAUGCACUGCCGUGGUGGCCCCCUUUCUUUCUCUUUUCUCCGAGGCCUGCCGUGGUGGCCCCCUUCUUUAUUUCUUUCAGAUGCACUGCCGUGGUGGUCCCCUUCUUUCUUUCUUUCAGAUGCACUGCCGUGGUGGCCCUCUUCUUUCUCUUUUCUCGGAGGCCUGCCGUGGUGGCCCCCUUCUUUAUUUCUUUCAGAUGCACUGCCGUGGUGGCCCCCUUCUUUCUUUCUUUCAGAUGCCCUGCCGUGGUGGCCCCCUUCUUUAUUUCUUUCAGAUGCACUGCCGUGGUGGCCCCCUUCUUUCUUUCUUUCAGAUGCACUGCCGUGGUGGCCCCCUUUCUUUCUCUUUUCUCCGAGGCCUGCCGUGGUGGCCCCCUUCUUUAUUUCUUUCAGAUGCACUGCCGUGGUGGCCCCCUUCUUUCUCUUUUCUCCGAGGCCUGCCGUGGUGGCCCCCUUCUUUCUUUUCUUCAGAUGCACUGCCGUGGUGGUCCCCUUCUUUAUUUCUUUCAGAUGCACUGCCGUGGUGGCCCCCUUCUUUAUUUCUUUCAGAUGCACUGCCGUGGUGGCCCUCUUCUUUCUCUUUUCUCCAAGGCCUGCCGUGGUGGCCCCCUUCUUUAUUUCUUUCAGAUGCACUGCCGUGGUGGCCCCCUUCUUUCUCUUUUCUCCGAGGCCUGCCGUGGUGGCCCCCUUCUUUCUUUCUUUCAGAUGCACUGCCGUGGUGGCCCCCUUCUUUAUUUCUUUCAGAUGCACUGCCGUGGUGGCCCCCUUCUUUCUCUUUUCUCCGAGGCCUGCCGUGGUGGCCCCCUUCUUUAUUUCUUUCAGAUGCACUGCCGUGGUGGCCCCCUUCUUUCUCUUUUCUCCAAGGCCUGCCGUGGUGGCCCCCUUCUUUCUUUCUUUCAGAUGCACUGCCGUGGUGGCCCCCUUCUUUAUUUUUUUCCGAGGCACUGCCGUGGUGGCCCCCUUCUUUCUUUUUUUCAGAUGCACUGCCGUGGUGGCCCCCUUCUUUCUUUUUUUCCGAGGCACUGCCGUGGUGGCCCCCUUCUUUAUUUCUUUCAGAUGCACUGCCGUGGUGGCCCCCUUCUUUCUCUUUUCUCCGAGGCCUGCCGUGGUGGCCCCCUUCUUUAUUUCUUUCAGAUGCACUGCCGUGGUGGCCCCCUUCUUUAUUUCUUUCAGAUGCACUGCCGUGGUGGCCCCCUUCUUUUUUUUUCUCAGAGGCCUGCCGUGGUGGCCCCCUUCUUUAUUUCUUUCAGAUGCACUGCCGUGGUGGCCCUCUUCUUUAUUUCUUUCAGAUGCACUGCCGUGGUGGCCCCCUUCUUUAUUUCUUUCAGAUGCACUGCCGUGGUGGCCCCCUUCUUUCUUUCUUUCAGAUGCACUGCCGUGGUGGCCCCCUUCUUUCUCUUUUCUCCGAGGCCUGCCGUGGUGGCCCCCUUCUUUAUUUCUUUCAGAUGCACUGCCGUGGUGGCCCUCUUCUUUAUUUCUUUCAGAUGCACUGCCGUGGUGGUCCCCUUCUUUAUUUCUUUCAGAUGCACUGCCGUGGUGGCCCUCUUCUUUCUCUUUUCUCGGAGGCCUGCCGUGGUGGCCCCCUUCUUUAUUUCUUUCAGAUGCACUGCCGUAGUGGCCCCCUUCUUUCUUUCUUUCAGAUGCCCUGCCGUGGUGGCCCCCUUCUUUCUUUUCUUCAGAUGCACUGCCGUGGUGGCCCCCUUCUUUAUUUCUUUCAGAUGCACUGCCGUGGUGGCCCCCUUCUUUAUUUCUUUCAGAUGCACUGCCGUGGUGGCCCCCUUCUUUCUCUUUUCUCCGAGGCCUGCCGUGGUGGCCCCCUUCUUUAUUUCUUUCAGAUGCACUGCCGUGGUGGCCCUCUUCUUUAUUUCUUUCAGAUGCACUGCCGUGGUGGCCCCCUUCUUUAUUUCUUUCAGAUGCACUGCCGUGGUGGCCCCCUUCUUUCUCUUUUCUCCGAGGCCUGCCGUGGUGGUCCCCUUCUUUAUUUCUUUCAGAUGCACUGCCGUGGUGGCCCCCUUUCUUUCUCUUUUCUCCGAGGCCUGCCGUGGUGGCCCCCUUCUUUAUUUCUUUCAGAUGCACUGCCGUGGUGGCCCCCUUCUUUUUUUUUUUCACAUGCACUGCCGGGGGGGCCCCCUUUCUUUUUUUUUUUUCAAAGCCCUGCCGUGGUGGCCCCCUUUUUUUUUUUUUUCAAAUGCCCUGCCGGGGGGGCCCCCUCUUUUUUUUUUUUCCAAGGCCUGCCGGGGGGGCCCCCUUUUUUUUUUUUUUUAA